AUGGAGCACACAAUGCGACCUGUCAUGGCCACUACUGCGUGCUCCUACCGCCAGACGCAUCUGGUCCUGCACAAAACCUGUUCACCGAGUCUGCUAUCUCGCUCACAAGCCACAGCUCGUCGCCACGGCCAUCGCUGGCUGGAACUAGGCAUCAGCUUGUCAUGCAACUCGCACACACACCACCUCUUCGCGAUAGUGGCAGCAGCGGCAAGAAUGGCAGCCUCUGCUCCAAUGUCAAGAUAA